AUGCUGCGCCGAGGAGCGGGCGCCCGGGGCUCCGGCUCCCGGCGACCGCGGCGCGCUGCCUCCGCCGCCCGCUGCCAGCGGCGAGGACGGACGAGAAUUGGGGACUUUGCGUCAGAGGGAGGCAGGCGCCUGGGAACCCGGAGGCCUGGAUCCGGGCCGAGAGUGGAACGGAGUCGGCGCCGCUGCCUCGGCUGUGCCUCCGGCGCCCGCCAGGCCGCCCGGCCUCUCCGCGCCCUCGUCCCGCGCUCCCGGCUCAGUCGCUCCCGCGGCGCCCGCUGCAGCUUCUCCUCCGCCUCUUUCGCCGCCUCCUCUGCCUUCAGCUUCUUCUCUUCUUCCUCCUCCUCCUCUUCCUCCUUCUUCCUCUCCUCUUCUUCCUCCUCCUCUUUCCCCACCUCCUCUCUCUCAGCCACCGCCUCCUCCUCCACCGCCACCACUCCCUCUGGGGCACCCCGGUCCCUGCAGAGUCCCGGCCGGCGGCGCCUCGGCUGCAGCCCCCUGGAUCCUGAGCCUGCCGAGCCCGAGCUGGUAGGACAGACGGACAGACAGAUACGCAGAUUCCUCACGCCUAGCGCUCCGCCGCUGCUGCCCUCCGCGGCCCCGGGUCACGGGAGCUGGGAUCGCCCCCCGAGUACCGCGAGGCCCAGGACAACAAGGCGCCACCUUGUGCUCAUCAGCCGUCCCACCCUGGCCCUCUCCCGGAACCCCAGUAGCCACUGCUGUCAGGAGAACCCAGGCAGACGCCGGCUGGCUCCAGCCCCCCGUCCCAGGCCCCGAGGGUGAAGCCUGGCUUGAGCCUCCUUGUGUUUCUCUGAGCACAGCCCAUGCACGAUUGCACCCCAAGCUGAAGAAUUAUCAGAUGUAAGUACUGGCCGCAGAGGUGAAGCUCCCCGGGAGGAGGCUGUUUCAGUUGAGCUGGGUGUGGCGAGGGGAGGUUCUCAGCUGGAAAGCAGGAACCACGUCCGGGAGCUGCCCUAACCAGAGCCCUGGGCCCCAGGAUCCGCGGGCCGGGCCGGGGAGGACACAGUUACAGCUCUCCUGUCACCUCACCCUCCUCUCUGCUCUUCAUCCUCAUUGGAUCUCAGUCUGUUAUGUAGUUGUUAACAACACUGGGGUCGCACCAAGGAGAAAAUGGGCAGGAAUGUUUGCAGAGAAUGCAGAAGUCCUGUUUAUGAUGCUGGAGAAACGGAUCUGGGGAGGGAAGGUUUUCAAAGGCACCCGGUGACCUGCUCAGAGCAGGGAGGGGCUGGGGUUGUACCACCUCCUGCUGCCGAGCCUAAAGGCAGACCCUCCAGACCUGUCAGAUCCCAGCAGGUUCUCCUCAGGCUGCAGUGGACAUGGUCUGCCCCAGACAAGGGAUAAAUACACAGACUUUUUUUUUAACUCUACGAUUCCAUUUAUUUGAAGUCCAAGAGCAGGCAGAACUCAUCAGAACAUGCUUGGGGUGAUGGUGACGGCGGAUGUUAUAUGUCAGCUCGACUAGGUUAUAGUCCUCAUUUACUCAACUAAACGCUAAUCCAGGUGCUGCCGUGAAGGUAUUUGGUAGAUGAGAUUAAUAUCUACAAUCAGGUGACUUUUUUUUAAAUUUGAUAAAUUUGCUGUUAAGUUUUGUAAAUUUAAGGGCACAGCAUGUUACUCUGAUACAUUUAUAUAUUGUAAUAUGAUUGCCAUUGAAGCAAUAUUUAUCACAUUACAUCAUUAUAGUAAAUAUUAUUUUCUAUAUUCAUUAUACUGGGCAGUAGAUCGCUACAGCUUAUUUACUACUCAUUACAAGAUUGUACCAUUAAACACCAUCAGUCUUAUUCACGCCCCCCCCCCCCAUCCCUGG